GCCCCUCUCCACACACUUCUCCCGCCUUCCCCGCCAGCGCUGAGGAGAAGGAGGGAAAACAACAACAACAACAACAAGACGAAGAAGACCCGCUGCGUCCCGCUGAGGAAACCCACUCCUUUUGCAAAGGACUCCCGAGCCGCGCAGCCCCUCUUUUUUCAAGCCUUCCUUGGUGUCUCUUCCUGACAAAAGCAGAGCCGGGAAAAAAAAAGAGGCAGCAGCGCAGACCGGCGAAGGGGAGCGAGCGAGCCGGAGUGAGGGGGGUGGGUGGUGGUGGUGGUGGGUGAGGGCGGCUGGGCUUCCGAGCUAUCAAAAGACUUCUUUCUCCGUCUCCCCAUCGCCGCCGCCCCCCCACCUUCUCCCCAAAGACAGAGAGACACCCACGCGCACUCCGGGGGCUCUCGCCUUGUUCCCCAAACUCCCCGCCAUGACCUCCGUCCUGGGAAGCAGCCGAGCGUCGGGGGGCCCGAGUAGCCAACUGAAAUGCAAGUCCAAGAGGAGGAGGAGGAGGCGAUCCAAGAGGAAAGCAGAGAAUUCAGGAUGGGUUCAUACCCUGCUCCCCCGGAUUUCCCAGCGGUUACAGGAACGUUGUAACACUCAGUUCAGCACAUGGUUGGAGGCAACAGACUACCGCCUCUCCACACAGAUCGAGCCACCAUGUGAAAAAGUAAGCAUUCUCUCCACGUUCAUCGCUCCCUUCAAGUAUUUAAGUCCUGCUACAGCAAAUAUGGAAGAUGAAGACAAUUUAAGUACCAGCAGUGCAGAAGUAAAGGAGAACCGUAACAUUGGCAACUUAGAAGAUCACCCAAUCACCUCUAAUGAAAGGUCAAGAGUAGGGACUUCCGGUGUCAAAAGGAAAAGGCCUCUAGAAGAAGGUAACAGUGGGCAUUUCUGCAAACUCCAGCUCAUCUGGAAGAAAGUCUCGUGGUCAGUAACGCCAAAGAAUGCUCUGGUUCAGCUCCAUGAACUUAAACCAGGUUUACAGUACAAAAUGGUUUCCCAAACAGGCCCAGUCCAUGCUCCAGUAUUUGCCGUUGCUGUGGAAGUAAACGGACUGACCUUUGAAGGCACUGGGCCGACGAAGAAGAAGGCCAAAAUGAGGGCUGCCGAACUCGCCCUCAAGUCCUUCGUUCAGUUCCCCAACGCAUGCCAAGCUCACUUUGCCAUGGGGAAUUGUUUCAACCCUUCCACAGACUUUACCUCAGACCAGGCAGACUUUCCGGACACCCUGUUCAAGGAGUUUGAGCCCUCUACGAAUAGUAAGGACCUCUCAGGCUGUAGCCCAGUUAAUAACGACCUGCUUUCUGCGGCUUGCCGGCACGGGAGGCUGCUCUGCCACACGUGGGACUUCAUGGGCCGCACAAAGCAAAACAAGCACAAGAUGGCGUCUGCCGCCGAGAGCGAACAGAACCCAGUGGUGUUGCUCAAUGAGUUACGAUCAGGACUGAGGUACGUCUGCCUUUCGGAGACUGUGGAGAAGCAGCAUCUCAAGAGUUUUGUGAUGGCUGUGAGAGUGGAUGGGAGAACAUUUGAAGGCUCGGGACGUAGCAAGAAGCUGGCUAAAGGUCAAGCAGCACAGGCUGCACUGAAGGCCCUCUUUAACAUUCGGCUGCCCAGUCAUAUUCCCAGCAGGAGUAAAUGUAAUCAUUUGCCACAGGAAUUUGCCGAUUCAGUGUAUCAAAUAAUUACACAGAAGUUUCAAGAGGUGACAGAUAACUGUGCUGCAAUCCACACACGCCACAAAUCCCUGGCAGGGAUCGUAAUGACCAGAGGUUUGGAUCUUCGGCAGGCUCAGGUUAUUGUGCUGACAUCAGGUACCAAAUGCAUAAAUGGAGAAUACCUUAAUGAUCAAGGCCUUGUGGUCAACGACUGCCAUGCGGAGAUUGUGGCAAGGAGGGCCUUCAUCCACUUCCUUUACUCACAGCUGGAGCUGCACCUGAGCAAACGGCGUGAAGAUGGCGAGCGAUCAAUCUUCGUGCGGUUAAAAGAGGGAGGCUACAGGCUAAAAGAGAACAUUCUGUUCCAUCUGUACGUGACUGCUUCACCCUGUGGAGAUGCACGCCUCAACUCCCCCUAUGAAAUCACAACUGACUUGAACAGCAUUAAGCACAUAGUAAGAAAGUACCGUGGGCAUCUCCGAACAAAGAUUGAAUCUGGAGAAGGAACCAUCCCGGCUCGAUGUCCCAACGCAGUUCAGACGUGGGAUGGUGUGCUACUGGGAGAGCCGCUGGUCACCAUGUCUUGCACGGACAAAAUUGCCAGGUGGAACGUCCUUGGGUUGCAAGGUGCUCUUCUUAGCUACUUCAUCGAGCCAGUGUAUUUGCAUAGCAUUAUUGUGGGAAGCCUCUCUCACACUGGUCACCUUUCAAGGGUAAUGAGCCAUAGAUUAGAAGAUGUUGGUCAUCUGCCAGCCUCGUACCGGCGCAAUCAGCUGCUCCUGAGCGCGACGGGAAAAAGAAACUGUGGGGGUUCUUCGCGACUCUGCAAGCAUAUGUUUUACACUCGAUGGGCAAAGCUUUACGGAAAGCUGAGCAUGCGGGUACCAAGCCAUGGAGAGAUGCCAUCCGUGUACAGCGAGGCCAAGCUGGUGUCGCGCACGUACCAGUCUGUCAAGCAGCAGCUGCUCAAAGCAUUUCAGAGAGCCGGCUUGGGCGUCUGGGCGAAAAAGCCCCCAGAGCAAGAUCAGUUCCCGCUGACUGUGUGAAUCCUUCGGCCUCUCUUAGGGCAGAGUCUGCUCAGACUGACUCGAGAGAAGGGCAGGUGCGCUGCAGGGGCUGGGAGCACGGCGGAUGCUGUCUGAGACUUACCUCCAGGAGAAGAAGUAUCUCGACUCAGCUUGGAGUCCUGUAUCGGAAAACACGUUAAGUCUAAGAUAUUGCUCUGAGGAAUGCACUGAACUUGACCUUAGGAAACUGCUUUUCCAUGCCCAUCCCUUCUCAAGGAUGUACAAGCCCAGGUUACAAAAAUGACCUUCACUGUUUGUUCCCCGUUUGUAGCACACUACACAUCGCUGUAAUUAUCCUGGACUUCAGGCAAGAGCAGGUCCUGCUUCUGGCAAAGAAAACGAAAGGAAGAAAACUUCUUUUGUUCCCCUGUCAUUGUUAGCGCAAUAAUUUCCUUUGGAAGAAAAAGAGAUUUCUCUAGGUAGCAAACAGGUACUGUUAGAUUCAGUGUACACGGACAGACAAGAAGAAAGCUGUGAAUGUGCGUGCAUGCUUGCGUGUGUUUAGAAGGUGGGUGGAUUUCAGGCUGCAGCCCUGUGAGUGCACUCCAAAAUGACGGAGUCACAAUGCGUGCGGAAUGGGAGGGUUCAGUAGCGCAAGCACGCAGUUGGAGUUUCUGGGCAUUUAUGACACAGCACGAGUAUUUUCAAGAAGAAGAAGAAGAAAACAGCGAGGAAAACAUGGGGUUUACUAAUCGCUGGAGAAAUACGGUUCCAGGAGUUCUUGAUUGCACAUGGUGUCAUGGCCAGCAUAACCCUGACACUCUAGUACUGCCAUUAUCUGAACCUCAGGAAAUGGCCAGGGGUGCAAUUGUGAUCCUCAGCCAACACUGGACCAAAAAAAAGUGCCCAGACUCACUGAAAGUUACAAAGGCACACAGAGUUUAUUGCACAACAGACAAAGAGCACCAAGCAGACUGCAAGAAAGUCCUGCUGACCCUUUGGCAAGCACAUGAUCAGGCACACCGCAGUGUCGUUAGCCUCAGCUGGUUUGUAACUCCCAGCAAGAGACCCAGUUUGUCCCACACAGUCCACCAGGAACCAAGUGCACACAAGACAUUUGCAAUUUUAAGGGUCCCUUGGUGAGAGAUACAGGCAGGCCUCCCAUUCAUUGUAAGAUCCAGCUGUCUUGCAAGGUAUGGAUUGAGCUGCAGUUUGCUGAUGUUGACAGCACAUAAUGGAGGGCAUUUCAUGACACCUGGAGGUUUCUGAAAACUCAGCAUGCAUUGUAGACCUCUAUUUAUGGCAGAGAUGGAAGCAUGGGGCCUUCCAGAAGGUCUGGCCUACAUCUCCCAGAAAUCCAUGCCAGUAUGGCCAAUGGUAGGGAUUAUGGGAGCUGCAGUCCAAAACCUCUGGAGGACCAAAGAUUCUUCACCACUGGUGUGCUUGUCUAUAAAAGAAUUAAAGACUAGUGAACAGACCUCUCUUCCUGAAGCUAUAGGUUAACCUUC